GGGAGCACCAGCGGCUGGCACUGAGCGGGGAAGAGGAGGCGCCCUCCACGGCCUCCCCGACCCCAGACACCAGAACACGUGAACCGCAUGCACGAGUCUCUCAUGCUCUUCGACUCCAUCUGUAACAACAAGUUCUUCAUCGAUACCUCCAUCAUUCUCUUCCUCAACAAGAAAGAUCUCUUUGGUGAGAAGAUCAAGAAGUCACCUCUGACCAUCUGCUUUCCUGAGUACACAGGCCCCAACACCUAUGAAGAUGCCGCCGCCUACAUCCAAGCACAAUUUGAAAGCAAAAACCGCUCACCCAACAAAGAAAUUUAUUGUCACAUGACUUGUGCCACAGACACGAAUAAUAUCCAGGUGGUAUUCGACGCCGUCACUGACAUCAUCAUUGCCAACAACCUCCGGGGCUGCGGCUUGUACUGACCUCUUGUCCUGUAUAGCAACCUAUUUGACUGCUUCACGGACUCUUUGCUGUUGACGUUGAUCUCCUGGUAGCAUGACCUUUUGGCCUUUGUAAGACACACAGCCUUUCUGUAUCAAGCCCCUGUCUAACCUACAACCCAGAGUGACUGACGGCUGUGUAUUUAUGUAGAAUGCUGUAGAAUCCGGUUUUAGUUGAGUCUUUACAUCUAGAAUUUGAAAGGAAAAGAAGAACAUUUCCCAUGUGCUUUGUAGCUUAAAAAAAAAAAAAAAAGAAAAAGAAAAAAAAAAGGAUAAAGGAAAACUCAGCAUCUCAUCCAUCUUUUUUUCUUUUUGAAAUGAACAUCCACAGCUGCACCCGUGCCCACCCCAUCCCACCUGCAGAGGUGCCGCCUGUCCGCACCCGGGGCGCUGGUUCCCGGGAGUGUGCUCAGGCCACGCUUUCCAGACGUGGCCUCACCGUCCACAGCCCUCUCCCCACCCCCCGCCCAGGCCCGAGCCACUCCACCCACACGCUCACUCCAGGUUUGCAUAGAAAAAGCACAGCUCUCACGGGCCAGUAGCUGCCCCAGAAGAAUACGGAACAUAUAUAUAUAAAUAGAGCCCUAUAGGAAACAAUUUCUCCCCAGCUCCCUUUCUACAGAGUACCUUUAUCAUUUUUUUUUUAGUUUUAGAUUUUGUUUUUAUUUUUGUCCUGAUGAGCACUAUGUAUUACAUACCAGAUCAGCUUUCAUAGUCUUUGGGAACCGGGUUGUGGUUUUUCCCGCUGACAUUUUGCUUCUCCGUCUCUCAGAUGGAUGCUCCCUUUGUGUGUGUGCGCCCCUCCACCUUUUCCUUUGUUUCAGUGACCUGUGUUCACUCUUUCUCAUGUGGGGAUGUUUGUGCUGCAGAUAAAAACAAAAAUUUUUAAAUACCACAAGAUGGAAAAAAAACAAAAAAAAUUUAAAAAAAAAGAUGGAAUGCAAUGUUUACAAGAAAGCCACAGUUCUCAUGAUCAGUCCAAUGUCAUUUCUACUUUGACUAGUAUCCAAACUCCUUCACGGUUUCACUUUUAAGACUUAAUAUUUGCUGAAGACCAGUCACAGCCAUUUCAGAUAGAGGCAAAAAGACAAAACACAAAAAAUUUAAAAUGCAGAAAAAAAAAAAACUUGGAAAAAAAAAAGCCCACGGGUCUUUCUAAGCCUUUCUAUUCCCAAUCGGUGAGGUUUCUGUGAUAUCUUACACACUGCCAGUCUACUUCUCUGACUAAUGGAAAAUUCAUGUGUAGCUCAAUAA